CAACAAUUCGAAUCAAGGCUUAUAUCACACUUUCAAACAUUAAUCUACAACAAACACUAUAAACAAUGUCAAUCAUUCCAAGCUUAUUUGGUGGCCAAAGGAGAAGCUUUUUCGACCCAUUUUCAGUUGACAUAUGGGAUCCAUUCAGAGAGAUGCAUGUGCAAUCUGAAACAUCUGCAUUGGCUAAUACACGAGUGGAUUGGAAGGAAACACCUGAAGCUCACGUGUUUAAGGCUGAUCUUCCUGGGAUUAAGAAAGAGGAAGUGAAGGUUGAGGUUGAAGACGGCAGGGUGUUACAGAUAAGCGGCGAAAGGAAUGUGGAGAAAGAAGAUAAGAAUGAUAAAUGGCAUCAUGUUGAACGUAGCAGUGGAAAAUUUACGAGGAGGUUUAGGCUGCCUGAAAAUGCUAAGAUGGAUCAGGUCAAGGCUGCCAUGGAGAAUGGAGUGCUAACGAUUACUGUGCCUAAGGAGGAAGUUAAGAAGCCCAGUGUCAAGUCUAUUGACAUUUCCGGUUAAAAAGGUUACACAAUGCAUCAUAUCAAUCAUGUCCGUAGUGACAAUCCAAGUCCAGUCAAUGUCUAAUGUGCUUGUAGUGUCCUUUUGUGUCUGGUCGCUCUAGAUGCGUAUGUGCCUGUUUGUUUAUGUGUGCAUAUAGCAGAAAUGGUGCGACUUUCUUAAGGUUAAGAAUAAAUAGAAUGAUUGUUGGAUUCUAACUA